UCUGUCCCCCAGAUAGCCAUGGAGUGGAAUGAAAAUUCAGAAGUCUCAUGUGAUUUAGCAUUUUCGGAGGCACAGAGAUGGAUGGAGGAAGUUACAGGUAAAAGUUUUGGAAACCAGGAUUUUCGCUCCGCUCUUGAAAAUGGCCUACUGUUUUGUGACCUUAUUAACAAGAUCAAGCCUGGGAUCAUUAAAAAGAUAAACAGGCUGUCGACGCCUAUUGCUGGCUUGGAUAAUAUUAAUGUUUUCUUGCGGGCGUGCGAAAAACUCGGACUGAAGGAAGCGCAGCUUUUUCACCCCGGAGAUCUUCAGGACUUAUCAAACAGAGUUACUGUCAAGCAGGAAGAGACAGAAAGAAGAUUAAAAAAUGUAUUGAUCACUAUAUACUGGCUUGGGAGAAAAGCACAAAGUUUAUUGUAUUAUAAUGGUCCACAACUUAACGUGAAGGCAUUUGAAGGAUUACUAGGACAAACGCUGACUAAAGCUCUAGAAGAAUCCAGCGGUUUGAAGAGAAGCGGUAGAGACAGCGGCUGUGGUGAUUUGUGGUACAGCGAAAAAGGAGAAAGCGUUGAUUCUGCUCAUAAGAGGGACGACUCCUGGGAUAGCUUGGACUCCUUGGGUUCCAGGUCUUACACUAGCUUUUCUUCAGAUACAACCCUUAAAGGAAGCAGUGAGGGUGGGGAAAGUGACGCAGAGUCUGAAUUAACCUACAAAAUGCAAGAUUCGGGUAAAAAGGACAUGUCUUUCAGACGGACUUCCGCAGUGGAGCCCAAAGCAGCUUCUAAUUUUAAUCAGUUUCUUCCAAGUAAAGCAAAACCGAUAGCCUACAAGCCAGCACCCUUGAGGAAGAAUAGAGUAGAUAGGAAUGAGGACAACAGAAAGAGCUGGGCAAACCCAGUCUUCACAGAGCCAGAUGGCACAUUUUCCAGUUCAGAUUCAGAGGAUGAUGGAAAGUUACCUGAUUUGAUACUUGAUGAUUUGGCACAAAGAAAGUUUCGCAUAAAUGCCAAGCCAUCUGCGACUUCCAUUCUCCACGCUCCAUUCAAAACUGGCUCUGUGAAACCUUUCAAAUCUGAAAAAGAAAUGGCACCUGUGAGUUCUCUGGAUGGGUCAUUCAGCCAAGACCAAGGAUUGGUUCAGAAGAGCCAAGAUGGCCUAAAAACUCAAUUAGAUUAUGUCAGAUUUUCUUCAGAUGAAGAGGAUGAUGAUUUCCCGAGAGAAGUUCCAAAUAUCAUCAAGGAUGACCUCUAUGCUAGAAAAGUCAGUUUACCUCCACAUCACUUGAAGGACAGGGCAUUCCUUCACAAAUCUGAACAAAUGGAGGGUCAAGCUCAGAAAAUAAUGUGGAAUAGGACUCAUUCUCGACAUUGGUACAAUGAAUUUCAGGGUUUCAGUCAAUUUUUAAUACUUCAGGCUCUUCAGAAAAUAACCUUUGGUUUGAUGUCUUCUGAAAAUAAAGCUAAAAUUGACCCAACAUCUGGUCCCAGACUGAUACAUUCUCUUCCAUUAUCAACAAAUAAUCAGUCAGAACAUGGCAUAGUUACCGUACCUGAUUUGGAAAAUGAUGAUUUGUUUGCACGGAAAACUGGAACAUUUCAUCUCAAUCAUGUAAUCAAUCUUGGAACCCCUUUGGUUCAAGUAUUGGAAAUCGAAAAAGACAUAGUACUACAGAAGAAUAAAGAAACUGAAAAGCUUCCCGAUUUGGUAAAGGAUGAUAUGAUUGCUCGUAGAGCUCAGUUUGAACCAAAAGAAGUUCAUCUUUCAGGUGCACCAGAAAUGUACAAUGCAGUCCCAUUUCCAGAUCCUUUGUCCCUUCCUGAAGAAACACAGUCAAAGUUUCUCUGUUUGGUAAAGAAACCCACCGGACCUGAAAAGGAAGAGAAGUGGGGAAGAGUACUUAAUCCUUCUGAAAAACUCGGGAAAGAUGACAUGUUGACACGAAAAUUUCAGUUGCAUCAGUCAUCCCUGGCAACAAGACCAAAACAUUUUACCUCUAGCCCUUGCAGCGAGGAAGACCUAGAAAAGUGGGAGUCAAUUAGAGAAGCUAGCAAAAUAAGACACAAGAAGCGUCUAUUGGUGGAAAGACUGCGGGAAAAACUUUCCAUUGACAAUGGGAAUAAAUCCUUUGAAAACUGCAAUGCAGAGGAACUUCAAAACAUGCGAAAAAUUCGCUUUGAAGAAAUGCAAAAAAUAAAGAGCUCGUUACAAGAGCAGGAUCAGCAGUGGCAAACUGACCUGGCAAAAUGGAAAAAUCGCAGGAAAAGCUUCACAUCAGAUCUUCAAAAGAAGAAAGAUGAAAGAGAAGAAAUUGAAAAGGUUACAAAUGAACCCCCUGAAAGGACUUAUAAGACUUUUAAAGAAAUGCGUGAAGAGAGAGAGAAUAGAGGGAAUGACAAUUACAGCAAUGAGAAACAAAAAUCAGAGGUCAGGAGACUAUACUCAUCAAGUGAUGAUGUCUUUGGGGAAUCGGUUGGAGCAUCCAGAUCAGCACUAGAAAAGAGUUACACCAUUGACAUCCCAUACACAAAGAAUUCAGAGAUUUCUUUAUAUGCCACCCAAAAUUCUCAUAAACCGAAUGAAGAUGAUUUAAUGCAGUUUGCUGAUGAACCCAGUUCUCUCGUUGAAGCUGCACCGCAAACCAAGGUUCAUCAUGAUGUCAAUGUCACUGUACAAAGCUCUCUAAAGGAGAUCAAGCCCCUAGGCAAAACCAUGUCUGUUGAUGUGUACACCCCUUACAAGAGUAGCACUACAUAUUCAACAAAGAGUUAUGUAAAACCAGAAAACUCAUUCUCCAGUGAAACUACUAGGGUGCAAAGCCAGCCCUUCUCAUCCAGUUCCCUGAACACAGAAAGCAAGCCCAGCGGAAUGAAUUCUUCUCUGCCAAGGGGUUUCCAGAAAACUGACACUAAACGGCUGUCAUCUGUGGUCACACCAAGGCCCUUUGGAUCCCAAUCUAAAGGAAUCACUCCACUGAUUAAAUCUUACACAUUGGAUGAUGCACGAAAGUAUAAUGGUUCAGCCUUCACCUCCAAUUACAAGACAGAAGUAGAUAAACCGAGCAGUGAGUUCCAUAGUGAAGAUGAUGAAGCUCAUAGGGGAGAAGAUGAGAAGAAAGAUGUGCGACAAAGUAUUUCCUCCAAAACAUUUGAUUUAAAGCCAGAGAAGACCAGUGUGUAUCAGACUGUUAGCAUCAAUUCUUCUAGCUCUUUGGAGCAGUACAGCGACAUGAGAAUCAGCAUCAACCAGAAGCCUGGAAGCAGCAACGACUUUGGGUUUAAAACCAACUGGAAUAGUGCUGGCAUUUUUGUAACCUCUGUUGAUGCAGGCAGCCCAGCCGAGUUUUCUCAACUGCAAGUAGAUGAUGAAAUUCUAUCUGUCAACGGCAUCAAGGUUUCUUCAAUGGACUAUAAUCAGUGGAGGGAGGCCAUGGACAGUGCUCUGGAAACUGGAAACCUUGCAAUAGAUGUCAGACGAUAUGGCAAGAAUGGUUCUCCUGAGAAUAAGUGGAUUGAUGCAAGUUCUAGGGGGAGUAGGUCCCCAAACUCCUCCCUGAGAAGCAAAGACACAGACUCUGGAAAUGUAAAAGAGACAAAACAAGUGAACGGUCUGAAAGAUAGUGUGGAUUCUAAACCAAAAGACACUGAGCCAAUUUCUUUGAGAAACAAUAAAAGGCGGUCACAAUUUUUUGAGCAAGGAAGUUCAGAUUCUACUGCACCAGAUAUGCCAGUUCCAUCCAUAAACGUUUCAGCACGAUGGUCUUGGGAUCCUCAAGAUGAAAGAAAGAGGCAGGAAAAGUGGCUCCAAGAACAAGAACAAAUUCUGCAGGAAAAGUAUAAGCGAGAGCAAGAAAAGCUUCAAGAAGAAUGGGCGCAUGCUCAACAAGAAGCAGAGAAAGGAAGAUCUCAGCAGACCAAUCAGGAGGAAACAAUCCUAAAAUUUAACAGUUCUGCAACUUCACAUGCCCCCUCGUACCUGAUGCCAGAAGGUUCUGACGCAUCGGAUUUAGUGAGCAGUGAAGAGGACGAUGGAGAACAGGAAAGGAGAGUGGAAGAGGAACGUGAGAGAAAGAGAAAAGAAGAGAAGUUGAAAUUCUUAGAAGCACAGAGGCGCCGGGCAGAGGAAGAAAGCAACCGGCGUCAGCAAGAAGAAACAGAAAGGAAACGGCAAUAUGAAGAAAGAAGGCAAAAAGAAGAGGAGCAAAGGAGACUUAGGGAAGAAGAACAGCAGCGGAAGAAAUAUCAAGAAGAACAGCAGCGACUGAAAUCUGAGAGUGAGAGAGGCCAGAGUAAUUACAUCAGAAACAAAUGGACAGAUUCUUCAGAUUCAGUUGAUUAUGCAUACCCAGGCAAUGACAGCAACAGGAGCUCUGGCACUACAUGGACAGCAGGUGAUUUACAGCAAAAAUCACAAAAGGAAAUCUCUGCAGAGCUGGAAAGGCAGAAAAUAAUUCAAGAAAUGAGGAAGAAAACUAAUCUCAGCAAUGACAACAGUUGGAUAAGGCAGCGUAGCUCCAGUAUCACUAAAGAGACGUCAUCUGUUCCAAAUCUUAUGAGAAGAGGUGAAUCAUUGGAUAAUCUAGACUCAAACCCAGGUUCCCAAAGACCGUCUUGGACAAAUCAUUCAUCAUCGUACAGCUCUUUGUCAUCCAGUCAAGAUUUUAGUCAACCAUCUCAAGUGGUUUCCACAUCUAACCGCACUUACCUACGUGACCCAUAUUCCAGCCUCCCAGUGUCUUCCUCAGGAUCUGUGCGGAAUGCUUCCCUUUCUCAGACAUCUAUGUCCUCUACUUUACCUCAAAAUCAAUCUACCACACAGACAUCUGGUCAGCAGCGCAACAAGUCAGUGAGCGGGAAGAAGUUGUGCUCUUACUGUAAUAACAGUUUGGGCAAAGGAGCUGCCAUGAUCAUCGAAUCUCUUGGUCUUUGUUUUCAUUUACAUUGUUUUAAGUGUAUUGCUUGCGAAACUGACCUUGGAGGAUCCCAGUCUGGAGCAGAAGUCAGAAUCCGUAACAAUGACUUGUUUUGCAACAGCUGCUACAUUAAAUUUAAAUCUGGGCUGCCCACCUCCAUGUGAUGGUCCUAUUACUGCAGAGCCACUUCUAGAAGAGGCUGAGGAGUACCGUUCAGAUGAUGAUGUAAAUGUCUAAGCACAAGCUGGAUGUGUGCUUCAUAUGGCUUAUAUACGUUAUCUGUAAGAUAUGACAUUGCAGUUGCCUUUUAUUCUUGUAUUACCUCUUUAAUUAGAUUUUGUUGACAUAUUUAUGAGAGGAUAAUCAAAGCUAAGGGGCGUGUUGUAUUUUCAGUGUUCUAAAAUCUUUGUAAAAAAGUACGCUUUUAUGUGUAAUUUUGUGCCCUUUCGUCUAUUUCAUUGCCGGUGUCUGAAGAGGGAAUUCUUCAUUAAAAUGCUAUUUAAAGUGGAGUAUCAAAUUAAUAGUUGAGUGCUGUUGCUUUUUCUGGCAAUAUAUUUUCAAGAGCAAAUAA